AUGCCGCACCCGUCGCUGUACGUACGCCCGCCCGCGUACCCGCACCCGUCGCCGUACGUCGCCGUCAUACGCCCGCACGUCUCCACGUUGGCGUUGACAGUUGUUGGAGGAAAAAAAAGACACGCCUCCACGCACUACGCCUGCUACGACCAGCCAUCGUCCUCACGCCGUCGACACCUGCCUCCGCCGGCCAGCAACGUCACGCCAUCAUCACGUUCGUCAUCGGAGAAAAUGGAUCCGGCUGAAAUCCUCGCCGCCGUGCAAGAGUUAGAGGAGGAGGGCGAUUAUGAUGGCGAUGAUUACGGCGAGGACAACGAAACCUCGUCACUGAAUAUGGAUGAACCUGCUGAGGAGAACUACAUGAGUUUGGAUGAAUCUUAUAGUGGCAAUCGACAUGGCGAUGAUGAUGAUGAUGAUAUGGAUAUAGAUGAUUCAUUUGCUGAAAGUGCACUCCGGAUGGACGAGGACGGGGACUUUGUGAGGAAUAUUGUGGACGAUGAAAGUGACAAAUCGCACGUUGAUGCAUCUCAUGAUGACAGCUCCAGCAAAGGAGAUGUAGAUGGUACAAGCGGGAAGGAUGAGCAUGUUGGUGAUGAUCUGUUUAAUUUUGACAUCGGAUUUGAUGAAUAUCAGCAAGAAUCAUUGGACAUGCAUUGGAAGGUAAUGAGGAAGACGUUCAAGUCACUAGGAGAGGCUUACAAUUUCUAUAACCAGUAUGCUUACGAGCGUGGUUUCAGCGUAAGAAAGGACUCACUGAAAUAUUCGAAAGGUCCUGAGGGAACUAAGCGCUUGAGAAAGUAUAUGUGUGCGAGAGCUGGAAAACGACAGGCAAAACUUUGUACAAUGGAAGGCAGGACCCGCAGGCUGAGAGGGGAGACUCGUUGCUUCUGCGAUGCGCAUAUAACUUCGAAACUUGAUAAAGAGCGUGACAUUUGGUAUGUCAGCAGUUUCAGUGAUGAUCACAGUCACGUUCUAGCUAGACCGGAUGAAGUCAUGUUUCUUCGGUCUCAUAAUCUGAUAAAAGAAUAUCAGAAAGCUGAGAUCUUAACCAUGGCAGGUGCUGGAAUCAGGAAACAUAUGAUUUAUGAUAAUCUCGUCAGUAGGUACGGGUCAUAUGCAAAGGCUGGUUUUGGGAGGAAGAAGCUUUAUAACAUGUGUUAUAGAGAAAAAAUGAAGUUGCUUGCACAAGGUGAUGCAGACACUGCCAUUGGGAUCAUGAUGACCAGAAAAGAGAGAGAUCCAGAUUUCUUCUUUGAGCACACCGUCGAUGAUGAAGGAAGGCUGAAAAAUAUAUUCUGGUGUGAUUCUCAAUCACGUCGAGACUAUGUUGACUACGGUGAUGUGACAGUCUUCGACAGCACAUACAGGAUGACUAGGUAUGGCAUGCCAUUUAUACCUUUUGUCGGUCUGAACAACCACCGUUGCACCACGGUAUUCGGUUGUGCUCUUGUGUCUGACGAGACGGAAGAUACAUAUGUCUGGCUGCUUCAGACGUUUUUGAGGGCUCACUGUCAGAAAAGGCCCAGGUCAGUAAUUACUGAUGGAGAUGCAGCUAUGAUUAAGGCCAUAAGAAAGACAGUUCCAGUACCAGUAUUGGACGAGUGUAAAGAUAUUGAGAAAUCAGCUGCCCGUGCAGGGGACAGAGCAAGGUACAGCGAGUUGACUAUCUUAUCUGCCGAAGCAACUCAUAAAGCAUGCCAUAAACCAUUUUUAUUCGACAAGUUGAAGGCGGCUCUGAGGGACAUAAUAGAUAAUGAUUACACUGAGGAGGAUGAGCCUGGUGUGGAGGAACUUUGCUUGAAUACUGGAGUAUGGAAGAUUGCUUCACCCUUUGAUUGA